AUAGGAUCACAGCCCGACCGCUGGUAUACCUCGGAUCUCCUGGGACAACUGGGAAACCUGGCCACUGAGAAUACAGACCUCCAAGGGUAGGCCGAGAGGUCAAUGCUGAGAACUAUAGAGAAAGCCAAUGCACCAUGAACACAGAGGGCUCCAGCCUCCUUAGCCCUCCAACCUUCCCUACAACCCCUGCCGCUUCUGGGACUUCCACCCAGGCUGCCGACCCUGUACCGAUCCUCAUCGCCCUGGCCUGCAUUUUUCUGCUUCUGGCCUCUUGCCUGCUGUUCAUGAUGCUAUGUAAGCCAACUGCCCUGGACCCUGGCCGCCGAGGGGCCCGGGAAUGCAUGCCACAUCACCCAGUGAGCCCCAGUGAGCCCAGGCUCCGGCUCUGGAAGCGCCUGGGUUCACUGCGACGCUCUCUGCACAGCUUCCGACGAGGCAGGCCCGCUAUCCAGCGGUGUCCUCUGCCGGACUCUGAUGACCACCGAGGUGACUAUGACUGGACUGAAGCCACCAUGAUGUGACACAGUGCCGUCUCUGAUGGAACCUGGCAUCCCAGGCCAUAGGACAGUGGUACCAGUACUCUGGACCCCUAAAGCACCCCAGUAUUUUCCUGUGUGUUUAGUCUAUGUCCUUUCCCGGAAGACUCUGAAGGCCCCUGAUGCUGCUUGUUAACAGACCAUUGAA